AUGAUUUUGAUCUGGAAUUCAUCCUCCACCCGGUGCCCGACUCUUCGGAGCUGUGUCACUUGUCGCCGGCGCAGGGUUCGUUGCGACAAGAUGAUGCCCUGCAGUAAUUGUCGUCGCGCACAGAGCGAUUGCAUGUAUCCAGCGCCAGGUCGCGCCCCACGCCAGACGAGGCCGAAUGUGCCGGCCAAGGCUGUGCCCACUGAGCGAGAGGCCGAUCUCAUCAAGCGUCUUCGAAAACUUGAAGGUCUCGUUCAGGAACUGAGCGGCGGCAGUAACGUGGGCGCAUAUGAUGACGAAUCGCCCAAGGCACAGGAUCACAACAGCCCUCAGUCUGACAUUGUGAAAGAGACAGCCGAUGAAGUCAAGCGAGAGACUGAGAGUCGUAAUUUCACAAACCUGAACAAGCAGCUUGGCCGAUUGAUCCUUCACGAUGGAGAACCGACUGCGCGAUAUGUCAACAGCGGCUUCUUUGCCAAGCUGAAUGAUGAGCUUGAUGAGCUGCGCAAUGAGAUGGAGGCUGUUGAUGACCUGGACGAUUUUCAAGACGACACGACACCUGAGCAGUCGCCUCCGCAGAAUCUUGGCGCCGACUCUGAUCAUCACAGCUUUCUCUUGGGUUAUCGGUCUGCAGACGUCGACCUGGCUGGUCUUCAUCCUUUGCCAGCGCAGACAUCUUUCCUCUGGCAGAUAUAUCUCGAGAACAUUGAGCCAUUGGUCAAGGUACUGCACAUCCCAACCAUGAGCAGACUCAUGACCAAAGUGAGGCGUGGAGAGCAUGACCUUCGUCCUGGUGAUGAAGCCCUCGUCUUUGCCAUCUACUACUCAGCUGUCGUCUCAAUGGAAUCUGACGAGGCCCAAACAAACCUCGGAGCAUCCAAGUCGCACUACAUCGCCCAGUUCCGCUUCGCCCUCGAGCAAGCCCUCGCAAAGGCCAACCUCCUCACCACGUCCGACAUGGCUGUCCUCCAGGCCUUUGCCAUCUACCUCACCGUCGUCAAGUGCCACGAUGACAGUCGUUUAUGCUGGACCCUCACCAGCCUCUGCGUUCGCAUGGCUCAGGCUCUCGGUCUCCACCGUGACGGACAGCAGCUUGGGCUCCCGCCCUUUGAGGUUGAGAUGCGACGUCGGCUUUGGUGGGCGGUCGUGGCGAUCGAUCUGCGUUCUGCUGAGGAGAUGGGCUCCGAUCUUAUUGUUAAUGAUAAGAAUUUCGACACGCAGUUGCCAUCUAACAUUAACGACACCGAUAUCGACCCGUCUUUCACCGAGAUGCCCACACCUCGUCAAGGUCGGACUGACACAGCAAUCUGUCUCGUGAGAUAUGAGAUCAUCGCCCUUUCUCGUCGCUUAUUCACGGCAAUGACACAAAUGCGACCAGUUGAUCCCAAAAACGUCGAAAAGAGUCUCGAGGACCGUGAGCGAAUGCUUGUCGAGGUCUACGAUCGCAUGGAGGACAAGUUCCUGAAGCACGUCGUCAUGGACGAGGAUCCUGUCUUUUGGAUGGCGUCCCUCAUUUCGCGUGUUAUCAUGGCCAAGAUCGGACUCAUCAUUUACCAGCCUGUGCUAUUCCCAGGCACUGGACCCGAAGCAUCGCAGGAGAUCCGGAGUCGGCUGUGGAUGUCGACGAUUGAGAUUGUCGAGUACAACCACAUUCUCAACGUCGACCCGCGGUGUCGUCAAUGGCGCUGGUUGUUUCAAUCCUACAGGCAAUGGCACGCUAUCGCAUACAUGCUUCUCGAACUGUCAAGACGGCCAUGGAGUGUCACAUCAGAACGAGCCUGGGAGGCUGCCCAGAUCUUGCAGUACGACCAUCCCAUUGAAGGCACCAACAACGCAGAACACACCGCGGCAUGGAUGCCCAUCAAGAGGCUCUACGCCAAGGCUAAAAAGCAUCGCGAAGCUGAAAUGGUACGACUCCGCGCUGAUCCGGCCGCUGCAAGACAGCUGGACAUUGAGGAUCGAUUGAAGCCAGUACUCGAGCGCAUCGGUCCAGCUCCGGGCAUGGAAACUCGCAUGUCGGAACUGAGACUUCGAUGGCGAAAGCUUUUCCGCUCUGGAGACAUCAUGCAAGAACAAGCACAAGGGGCUGGUCCUCAACCUACACCUCAGCCUAGGAGUGUCCAGGUGCAGGAACCAGAGCCCCCUAAGCAGAGUACCGAAACCACAAAUAAUGUGUUGUCCGAUGCCAACCUCAAUCAAGCAUGGCAGAACGUUCACUCCGGCAAUCCAGGCAUAGCUGUGUACUUUGAAGGAGGCACCAUGGAGGCUUCCAAUCCAGGGGCAACGUCAACAUACCACGACCACGAUCCUCAGCAGUAUCCAGAUCAUCACCUCUCGCCAUGGCCGGGACAAAAUGACUUUCAACACAAUCACAACGGCGAUCUCGGCGACAUAGACGACCUCUUCCAACACGGCGCGCUAAACCCCGAUGGCUUAUCGUCCGUGACGCAGGGUAUGGAUCUGAGCAUGGAACUAGGCGAGGUGGAAGAUAUUGACUGGAAGAAUUGGGAUGAGACGCUGAAACUGCUGAGCAAGCCAGCGAUGAGUGGCGGGACGGGCAGUUGGGGAGGCAUGUGA